CAUUGACAUACAUUGCAAGCCAACAUGUCAAUUCGCACAUGCAGCAAGCGUGUCGGCGCGCUUUUGCGCUCGCACGCAGGGAAUACCACUGUCGCGCCUCGCAGAUGCUACGCUUCUGUAGCGACGGCGCAGUCGAGUCUGCCAGCAGGGCAGAAGCAUGCCAUUGAGAAAGAAGCAUCCCUUCGUACACCAGACCCGUCGUCCGACUCACAGACCGCACGCCUCGUCGACUCAUAUGCGCCAUUCAUGGUUCCUACCUAUGUCCGGCCACCUCCGGUGUUUCACAAAGGCGAGGGCUGCUACAUCUGGGAUAUUGAGAAUCGACGAUACUUGGACUUCACCGCGGGCAUUGCUGUCAAUGCUUUGGGACACUGUGACGCCCAGAUGAGCAGGAUCCUAUAUGAGCAGUCGCAGACCUUGGUACACAGCUCGAAUCUGUACUACAACCCAUGGACGGGUGCUCUCAGCCAGCUCAUGGUUGAGAAGACCAGGGAGGCUGGUGGCUUCGAUGCUGCACGUGUUUUCGUCUGCAAUUCUGGGAGCGAGGCCAAUGAGGCUGCGAUCAAGUUUGCCCGAAAGUACGGACGCAGCAUGCAGCCAGAUGGCAGUAAGUAUGAGUUGGUGAGCUUCCAAGGUGCGUUCCAUGGACGUACGAUGGGAUCACUGUCGGCCACGCCAAACCCCAAAUAUCAGAAGCCCUUUUCGCCUAUGAUCCCAGGAUUCAAGUACGGCACAUACAACGACAUCGCUGGAAUCAACGAGCUCGUAACUGAUAAGACAUGUGGUGUGAUUGUUGAGCCUAUACAAGGAGAGGGUGGAGUCAAUGUCGCAUCUCAUGAAUUCCUGCUCGCGCUCCGCAAGCGCUGCACAGAAGUGGGCGCCGUGCUGAUCCACGACGAGAUUCAAUGUGGUCUUGCACGCACUGGUAAGCUGUGGGCUCACGCCGCACUUCCCAAAGAAGCACACCCGGACGUGGUCACUACCGCAAAGGCUCUUGGCAAUGGUUUCCCCAUUGGUGCGACGAUGGUGACAGAAGACGUAUCCAGCAAGAUUGUGACUGGCGAUCACGGUACUACGUAUGGUGGCAACCCACUGGGAUGCCGAUUGGCGCAUUACAUUGUCACUCGACUUGCAGACCCGGAGCUACAGCAAGAUGUGCUGAAGAAGGAAGCACGCUUCCGUCAGCAUUUCACUCGAAUCCACGAAGCUUUCCCAGAUGUUGUGCAAGAAGUCCGCGGUCGUGGGCUCAUCCUGGGUCUGCAGUUGAGCGCCGACCCCACGCCAGUCAUUACAGCUGCGCGUGAGAGAGGUCUCCUGGUCAUUACCUGCGGCACGAACACUCUGCGAUUCGUCCCACCACUCAUCAUUUCCGAUGCGGAGAUUGAUGAAGGGAUGCAGAUACUCGAGGAUGCAAUGACUGCUGUCUUCCGCGAGCCUGGACACAUUGCAGGGACUGAUGGGCAGCAAGAAAUGCGCGCGACCCGGUGAGCGAUGAAGCGUUCAGCAUUUCAUCGUUUACAUCCAUUAUGCGAUACAGAGCCAUCAAGGCAGCCAAAGAGGACGUGCAGCAGAGUCCUGGAGUGAGAUGUCUCAUAUAGCCGCGCCGUGGUGACCCCAUCUGAUGUGUCGCCACUCGACCACUGUUCGGAUGCCGGAGGAAGGACCUGCAUUCGCCCUGCAAUCGGGUGAAAUGUCUACUUAAUGCGACAUGCUCGCCGCGUCUGCUUAUUGAAGUGGGCAGUCGACCGCGAUCGCAUACAUGCUGCUGCCUUGAGAGUCGUCCAGAGUCUCAGCGUAGAUGCCAUGCCUGAAUGUCUGUUGGAGUAAGUGUCCAUGGCAGCACAGCGGAUAUAUACCACCUCGAACGCAGCCAUGAUGUGGACUCGUAGCUCUCGACGGCAGACAGAGUGCCGCCGCAUGGUCCGGCUACUUGUACAUGCCCGCGCCAAGAGUAUCGCCGCCUCAUCUACUCGAUCGCAAUGGCGGGGGGGUUUGUUCUGCGAGUACUGUAUGUACAUAUGAGAUAUUCGAGCACUAAUACGGAUAGCGGAACGAUAUGUACACCGAACAAUGGCAUAGCGCGCGACUACGUGCGAUACGCGUCCAUCAAACUUGGUACAUGUAGUUAAAUAACGUAGAUGUCACUCGUAGCUCUUCUAUUGGCAGUAUUCUGAGACCAAUCCCGCGAGUGGCGGCUACAUGUAUGUCAGGUAGAGCAUAAUAUUAAUAAA